AUGGAGACAACAUUAGCCUUAUUAGUUCUCAUCUCUAUCGCCGUGGCAGUGUCCGUAAAAUGGGCAGUGAAUUUAGCAAAUUUUGUUUGGUUCAAUCCAAGAAAAUUGGAGAAGUUUCUGCGGAGUCAAGGACUCAACGGGAAUCCUUACAGACCGUUUUUCGGAGACCUUAAGGAAAUGACAAAAGUCAUCAACGCCGAACAAAAAAGAUCGAUUCGACUUUCCGACGACACUUGUCCACAUGUUUUCGCAUAUUACCACGACAUCCUCAACAAGUAUGGUGAGAAUUCGUUCUGGUGGUUUGGGCCGUGGCCGAAGCUGAAUAUAGUUGACCCGGAGCUGAUAAAGGAGAUUCUAAAGAAACCGGAUGUAUUUAAAAAGCCCCUUCCAGAAGUAGGCAAGAUCCUUACGAGUGGGAUUGUGCUUCUCGAACGCGAAAAAUGGGCUAAACAUAGAAAGAUUAUCAAUCCUGCUUUCCAUCUACACAAGUUGAAGAAUAUGGUUCCAACAAUUGGUUUAAGCUGUUCAAACAUGAUACACAACUGGAAAUCCAUAAUUUCAAAUAGUAAUAAUGAAGGUGGUUGGUCAGAAAUUGACGUGUGGCCCCACCUCGAAGAUUUAACCGGAGACGUAAUUUCGCGCACAGCGUUCGGCAGCCGCCAUGAACAAGGAACAAGGAUAUUUCAUCUCCAGCGCGAAAGAUCUAAGCUCACCAUGCAACUAUUGCAGCUGUCCUUCAUCCCUGGAUGGAGAUAUCUUCCGACGAAACUAAACAAGAAAGUCAGGGCGAUAAACGACGAAAUCGAGUCCUUACUAAGAGGCAUAGUCGACGAAAGGCAGAAGGCCUUGGAGAGGGGAGACGUCGUUGCUAGUGAUGAUUUAUUAGGUAUAUUAAUGGAAUCGAAUUCAAGAUUCGUUGAUGAAUUCGGAAACAAGAAUAAGGGGAUGAGUAUCGAAGAUGUGAUCGGGGAGUGCAAGCUAUUCUACGUAGCCGGCUCGGAGACAACGUCUUGUUUGCUUGUGUGGACUAUGGUUUUGAUGUGCAAACACCCCGAGUGGCAAACUCUAGCGAGAGAAGAGGUUAUUCGAGUUUUCGGGAAUUCGGAGCCAAGUUUCGAAGGCUUAAAUCAGCUCAAAACUGUAAGUUUUAGUUGA